AUGCAGCAGUCAGUUGUUUACAAAUUCUUAGGUGACGUUGCCAUGUUGUCUCCCACUACCAUGGUGUCUCCCAUUACCAUCCUCUACAGCUUCCCCGGUGUUACAUCCGGCGUCGACCCUGACUCGAACCUCGUCAUCGGCCUCGCGGCCACCAACGCCAAGGCGGUAGGAUACAAUCUGACGUGCGGCGACGCUUCACUACGAUCCUCACACCGGGCGCGGCUUUGCGACUUCUUCCACCUCAGUGUUCUCGGUCAACCUGGUCUUCCACCCGCACGUCUAUAUGUUGCAGCUGUAGUGCUGUAUGACCAAGCCAAGCUCAAGGAGGCGAUAGAGAUCCAGACAAGAUUAACCGAGUGGACUGGGCCCUUGGCCGGCUGGGCGUGGUGCACUUGA